AUGUCCCAGCGUGCAAAGUUAAGCGAUCAGGCCUUCCAGACGCAAGAAGAUUGGGAUGGACUGGAGAUGAUUUCACUUACGCCUUUCGAUCCUUCUCCAUAUUCAGCGAAACAGGAGGAAUGUCGUAGAUUGAACAGUGUAAAAAUCCUGCCUGCAAGACUAACGGAAGAUCUUCUCUGUCAGCAUAUUAUUCGCUUCUUCAGAUGGCAGAUGGAACAAUUAUCGCACGUCAGCGAAAAGGUCAGAAAUGUUUACAUAAAGUUACAUGAAUGGUCCGUCAGACAUCAUCCAUUGGAUAUAAUGAGAAUGACACAGCGCAACAGGAUGACCGCCACUUUCAACGAUGCUGAAAAACAGGAUCUCGCAAAUCUGGUAGCCCUCAUCUCGAGUUAUGUGGAUUCGGACCCGGUUCUCAGAGCCCAUCGUGAAAGAUGUAAAGCUUUUCAGUUCAGUUAUGGGGAACUGAAAUAACUAAGAUAGCAUUCUUGGCUGAAACUGAAAGUUCUAAAAGUCUCCAAUUCACAAAUGUUAUCAACUGACUUUGUUUAUCUAUGCCAUUAUAUGGUUUCAGUGUAAAUCGGAAUAAAAGUUGCACGUCU